GAACAGCGGGCACCGAAUCGUCUGGCAAGACAGUGGGCUCCGAGUCAACAGGCACGACAGUGGGCACCGGGUCAUCAGGUAUGACAGCGGGCACUGGGUCACCAGGCAUCAGGUCAUUUGGCUUGCCAGCGGGCACCGCGUCAUCUGGCAAGGCAGUGGGCACCGGGUCACCAGGUAUGACAGCGGGCUCGGAGUCAAUUGGCACGACAGCGGGCACUGGAUCAGGUACCGGAUCAUCUGGAUCAACAGCGCGGGCAUCGAGUCAACUGGCCUAAUAGGACCGUCGGGCUGGAUCAGUUCAUCAUGCUGAGUAGCGGCUUCAGGCUGAUAGAGAGGCUUCAGGCUGAGUAGAGAGGCUUCAGGCUGAGGAGAGGCAUCCGGCUGAGGAGAGGCAUCCGGCUGAGGAGAGGCAUCCGGCUGAGGAGAGGCAUCCGGC